AUGAGCAAGCGGGACUCCGAUCGCGCUUUCAAUCGGUUGUUUAAUAGCGGCCUCGCCGACGCCACGCGCACCCAGGAACCGCCCGCCCAGAAGGCACAAGAGGCAGAGGGCCAGGCCGACGAGGGCUUGGGCGCCGGCGAUCCCGUCGCCUGCAUCCUGCAGGCAUGGAGACAGAAGGACUACUUCGGCGUCCUGCAGCUUCCGAGCCCUGGCGUGGACGGCCUGGGCGAGCCAGUUUGGGCCUGCACGCCCCUUGACGUGGACCGCGCCUACCGCCGCGUGUCCCUCUCGGUGCACCCGGACAAGAACAGCACCCCGGGGGCGCGGCAAGCCUUCGAGAUCGUCAAGAAGGUGAAGAUGAUGCUAAAGAGCGAAGGCGACCUUGAGGCAAUACUAAAGAAGGCCGCUGAAGUUGCUGGGAGGGAGCGAGAGCGCAGGGAGGCAAGGGCCGGCGUGGAUGAGCGCAUCGCGCUGAACGCAUCUAGGGCAUCGGAGCAGAAGAGGCUCAGGCGGGCGCAGGGAGCGCAGUUCCAGGAUGAGAUACUGAGGCAGGUGCGGGCGAAGCAGCUGAAGGGCAGGCUUAAGAGGGGGAGGGCGGAGGCAUCCAGGGGAGAGGGGAAAUGGGGGGAAGAUGGCAGCCAAGGAGAGGAGUCGGGUGGCAGUGGGGAAGAGGUCAGGGUCGGCCAAGCGCGUGGUUCGGCCCCUGGCCUGGGUGGAGGCGGUCGUGGUGGCCCGCCAAAGAGAAGGAAACCGAGGUUGAUCUUUUGA